UUUGUUGUCAGAAUUAUUGUUGACUGUUAGAAGGGACAACAUAGCAGAAUGUUUUUGCGCUCAUGAGAGGCACUAAAACUGCUUUAAUUCUGUCAUUUUUAUACGCCCUUAAAUGUUAACGGCCUGGGUAGCAUCACUUGUGAAGGCGAAAUGCCUGGGGAACGCGAGUGGGAUAUUUUUCCCCGAUUGCGAAGUGCAUUGUGUGCGAUUCGGCGGCGGCGGCUGUGCCCUUUGUCAGCGGGAAUUGUGCGAGGCAAGCAAAGCUCCCUGGUGGUGGGGAUCCGAGGAAAGCGAAAGGAAAUGCCGCGGUGCUGACAGAACGCUUAUCCGACGGGAGAUGAGAGUGCUGAGGAUCACCACACGCAUGCAAAAAUUGCUGCAAUUCUGCUGCCAAAGCUGUGGCGCAGAGGAGCGUGGGAAGAGCCGAGCGACCUUGCCUUCGCGACACCUGCUGAUAUCGGGAGGAUCUCCAGCCGGGCGCUUGUGAGGGAUGAUCUCGUCCUGCAGAAGGACGCCGAGGGCAUUAGCAUAAACAGAGACGCGUGUCG